UCUUCCACCAAGUUAAGAGCAUACGCAUACUUUGUUUUAAGUGCACAAACAUAGUUGCACACAGUGUAGCGUAGUGUAAUUAAAGGAAAAGAGAUUUCUUUACAUCUGUCAUACAGAAAAGACGAGAACGCGUGGAUUGUGAUCGCAUGCGCGUCCGCUUUGCGCAUUCUGGGUGAUUUCCGGAGACAGCUCGGAAGUAUAGUGCCAAAAGAAAGGAGUGUUGUGAUCAGUUUUGAUAUUUGUAAGGAAAGAGGAUCAUCAUGACUGGUGGGAGCUCCUCGGAGAAGUCUGCCAAUAAUCCUCUGGAGCAAUUUGUAUUACUUGCAAAAACUGCAAAAGGUGCCGCUGCCAUGGAACUCAUAAAGCAGGCGGUCGAAACACCCGGUGUUCAUGUCUUUGGCGAACUGUUGGAUAUGCCAAAUAUCAAAGAAUUGGAGAACGGCCCUUACGUCCAGUAUUGGAACACCUUGAAUUUGUUCGCCUAUGGCACUUAUAAGGAUUACCUGGAAAAUAAGGAUAAAGUUUUAGAAUUAACUCCGACGCAAAAGAAGAAGCUUCAGCAUCUCACAAUUGUCACCCUUGCCACAAGAUCCAAGUGUAUACCUUACUCGGUACUGUUGGAGGAGCUAGAUAUAAAGAACGUCAGGGAUCUAGAAGACCUGAUUAUUGAAGCGAUAUAUGCUGACAUAAUCCAUGGGAAAUUAGAUCAAAAGAAUUCACAAUUAGAAGUGGAUUAUGCUGGCUUGGGACGAGACGUCCGACCAGGUGAUGCUGGUAUAGUAGCUGAGACAUUGGCCGCCUGGGGUGAAGCUUGCGACACAGUUUUAGCAUGCAUUGAUGAACAAGUGACCAGAGCCAAUGUCGAGAAACAAAAGGCUACUUACCAUAAAGAUAGGAUACAAAGAGACAUUGCUAAUAUAAAGAAAUCUCUCACGGCUCAAACCGGAAGUGCGGUUAUUCAGGAGGCUGAUGUAGCUGGAGGCAGUUCUGGUGCGGGAGGAAGCGAGUCGUGUAGGGAAGCCAUGCCGGUACUGUCGGAUCCAAAGAAGAAGUUACAGAAGGUCAAAGGUAUCAAAGUCAGUGGAAUAUGAGACAGGAGUAUGUAAAUAUAUAAGCGAUGUAAUGAGUGUACGAUAAGGUAGUUCGUUUCCAGUAAAAUAUUGGUGUAAUAUGUGACACAAGCAGAUAGAGAGUUCAUCCUUAAAUAAAAUUGAAGUAUACAUACCGCCAUAUAUCAAUUAACCGUUACGGUACGUUACACAGGAGGAGAAAAAUGGGCGAUGAACGAAAUGGGUAAUAUUGAAACGAAUUUAUUACUUUUAUGCAAAAUCAUAUAUAAUUCGAAUCGCGAAAAUUCUCUGUGUAUCUGAAAUUAUGUCGAGUUCUCGUAGAGUUUAAGAAACAAAACUGAAAAGCUAAACGAGACAUUUUACAUAGAACGCGCCCUAAGCGUAGAGCAUCGAACUCCAUAACGUCAGAUUUGUACGGAUAUUCGAUUUUGUCCAUUCACAGUGACAUUACCUGUCACUACGAUACCGAAUAAAGUCAAAAGUACCUCUACUCUUAUCGAACUACUUUAACUGUUUGUAAGAAUAACUUAUUUACACACAUAAUCGGCAUAAGAAGCUUUUUUAGACAAGCCGAGAUGUUCUCGUGUACGAAGAUUUAGACUUUGAUAGCGGCAAUGUUUGGCGGAAGAUAGCGGGAGGUGCGGUAGCUUUCGUACUUUUAUUGCGACCGUUUUACCGAGUGUCACCGUUGGUAUUUGCUGCACAAAACGAUUCCGGGAGUACUGCUGCUUGCACAAAAUUUAGCAUUCACUUGUGAGAAAUUGAGAUGGACUGUUUAUAUAUAU